AUCGUCAAGCUCGGCAGUAGCAGCAUCCAUCCUCCAUCCUCCACCCCUCCCCCUCACAUCCGUCGCAUAGAACAGACCAUUUUAACGGUGCCAUCACCGAGUGCGGUAAACGGAGCAUCUUUUCAACAUGUAGACUAAUUCUUUACCUCAUCUUUUGGAACGUGUCCGUUUCAUCUGUAACACUGUAAAAUUAGCGCAACCAUGACAAAUUCAUCAACAGGCUUUCUAAUAGCCUAAGAAAUACCGGCGGUCCAUAAAAAGUAAUUUAGGCUAUGCAAACACGCAAAUAUCUAACCAGCAUCAUUUCAUUUUCUUCCGCAUUAGAGGAAUUCCAUACAGCCGUCUGUUCCACAUCUUUUUUAUCUCCUGUCUAGAAACAACAGAUGGGACAUCACGUCGAUAGGCUUCACAUCAUGCACGUUUUUUCCUCUUGAAUUUGAAUUUAAAAUAGAGCGAACCAUAGCCUACUGGAAUUCAGUUUUGUUAAAACUCCCCAACGUCCUUGGAUAUGGCCGGAUUAUUCCAGCUGUAGAAGCCUCUGGUUCCACACAUCAAAACAAGCCAAAUUGUCUCCAUUUAUUUGCAUUGAUAGGUUUCCCCCUAGUCAUUUGGCUUGAUAAUAUAUCAGGAUUCAAAGAUAAAAGGAAUAAAAACACAUCAGGUCAAUAUAGCUGAUGCAAUAAACAUCUAACAAAUCCUCCCCUAAACAUUAACAUAUGCUUGCUGACACAUGCCUUGGUAUGGGGAAUCCUAGAAGGAGUAGAAGAGGGAGUGACAUGGGGGAACACUAAUCCAGAAACCACAUAGUCACUUUCUACCUGCCCUACACUGACACAGGUACAUCAGAAGAUCCUAGCUUUAAAUAGUUUUAAAGAGAGUUCACACUUCUAUCACCUAAUAGCCAUGGGGGACUUAGCCAACAGUUCUGUAGAGUUCCACCCCAAAAAGCAACAAGGUAGUGUAGGUGGAAUGGAGGUCAACCACGCAGGAGACUUUGGGGCCACCCUGGAGGAUCUGCGGACACUCAUGGAGCUAAGGGGUGCAGAGGCCAUUCAGAAGAUCCAGGAGAACUACACAGACACAGAGAGCCUCUGUCAGAGACUAAAGACUUCUCCGGCCGACGGCUUGUCUGACAACCCAGCUGACCUAGAGAAACGCAUGCAAGUGUUUGGACAAAAUUUCAUCCCUCCUAAAAAGCCAAAGACCUUUCUACAGCUGGUGUGGGAGGCCCUUCAGGAUGUCACCCUCAUCAUUCUGGAGAUCGCUGCUAUCAUCUCUCUGGGUCUCUCCUUUUACCAACCUCCUGGAGAAGAAAGUGAAUCGUGUGGAAAUGUGGCAUCCGGAGCAGAAGACGAGGGUGAGGCGGAGGCAGGCUGGAUUGAGGGGGCAGCCAUCUUGUUGUCUGUAAUCUGCGUGGUGUUGGUGACAGCUUUUAACGACUGGAGCAAGGAGAAGCAGUUCCGGGGGCUGCAGAGCCGUAUUGAGCAAGAGCAGCGCUUUGCUGUUGUGCGGAAUGGCACUGUGAUCCAGAUCCCUGUGGCAGACAUGGUGGUUGGGGAUGUAGCCCAAGUCAAGUAUGGCGACCUGCUGCCUGCAGAUGGGAUACUGAUACAGGGCAAUGACCUGCAAAUCGAUGAGAGCUCGCUGACUGGAGAGUCUGACCACGUACGCAAGUCUGUGGACAAAGACCCCAUGUUGUUGUCUGGAACACAUGUGAUGGAAGGCUCAGGGAAGAUGCUAGUCACUGCUGUUGGAGUUAACUCUCAAACUGGAAUCAUCUUCACUCUUCUGGGGGCUGGAGAGGAGGAGGAGGAGAAGAAAGACAAGAAAGAGGGCAAUAGUAGCUCAGCUAUGCAGCAACCCCCUGCAGUCGAAGCAAAACAGAUCCACAUCACAAAUGGCAAGCAAGAUGGUACAUUGGAAAACAAUCAAAACAAAGCCAAGAAACAGGAUGAGGCUGUUGCCAUGGAGAUGCAGCCCCUGAAGAGUGCAGAAGGUGGGGAGGUUGAGGAGAAAGAGAAGAAGAAGACCAAUGUUCCCAAAAAAGAGAAAUCUGUCCUUCAGGGCAAACUCACUAAACUGGCAGUGCAAAUCGGGAAGGCAGGCCUGGUCAUGUCAGCCAUCACAGUUAUCAUUUUAGUGGUGUACUUUGUGAUUGAGACAUUCGUGGUACAGGGCAGGGAAUGGCUCCCUGAAUGCACGCCUGUUUACGUCCAGUACUUUGUCAAGUUCUUCAUCAUCGGUGUCACAGUGCUGGUAGUAGCUGUGCCCGAGGGGCUACCACUGGCUGUCACUAUAUCCCUUGCCUACUCUGUAAAGAAAAUGAUGAAGGAUAACAACCUGGUGCGUCACCUGGAUGCAUGUGAGACCAUGGGCAAUGCCACGGCCAUCUGCUCUGAUAAGACUGGCACCCUGACCACCAACCGAAUGACUGUGGUGCAGGCUUAUACUUGUGACCAACACUUCAACAAGGUCCCAGAUCCUGAACAGCUCAAUCCAAUGGUGCUGGAGAUGCUGGUUAGCUCGAUUGCUGUCAAUAGCGCCUACACCUCUAAGAUUAUGCCUCCAGAUAAAGAGGGCGGCCUGCCCAAGCAAGUGGGCAACAAGACGGAGUGUGCGUUGCUGGGUUUUGUUCUGGACUUGAAGAGAGACUACGCUCCAGUGAGGGAGCAGAUCCCUGAGGAGAAACUCUACAAGGUCUACACCUUUAACUCUGUGCGCAAGUCCAUGAGCACCGUGGUUCAGCUUCCUGACGGGUCCUUCCGCCUCUACAGCAAAGGGGCCUCCGAGAUCCUACUCAAAAAGUGCACGUCCAUCCUGGCGGCAGGGGGGGAGAAGCGGAAUUUCCGUCCACGGGACAGGGAUGAGAUGGUGAAGAAGGUGAUUGAGCCCAUGGCUUGUGAUGGCCUGAGGACCAUCUGUGUGGCCUACCGGGAUUUACCUGCCAGUCCUCAACCUGACUGGGAGAACGAGGCUGACAUCUUGACUGACCUGGUCUGCAUCACAGUAGUAGGCAUCGAGGACCCUGUCCGCCCAGAGGUCCCAGAUGCCAUCAAGAAAUGCCAGCGUGCAGGUAUCACUGUGCGCAUGGUGACAGGUGACAACAUUAGCACGGCUCGUGCGAUUGCUGCCAAGUGUGGCAUUAUCCAGCCGGGGGAUGACUUCCUGUGUAUUGAUGGGAAGGACUUCAAUAGACUAAUCAGAAAUGAAAAAGGAGAGGUUGAGCAAGAACGCAUGGACAAGGUUUGGCCCAAGCUGCGAGUUUUGGCUCGGUCUUCCCCAACAGACAAACAUACUCUGGUCAAAGGAAUAAUUGACAGCACUGUACUGGAGAAGCGGCAGGUUGUGGCUGUGACAGGAGAUGGGACAAAUGACGGACCCGCCCUCAAGAAGGCUGAUGUUGGCUUUGCCAUGGGUAUCGCUGGUACUGAUGUAGCAAAGGAAGCCUCUGACAUCAUCUUGACGGAUGAUAACUUCUCAAGCAUUGUCAAGGCAGUCAUGUGGGGGAGGAAUGUCUAUGACAGCAUCUCCAAGUUCCUACAGUUCCAGCUGACCGUCAACGUGGUGGCUGUCACUGUGGCCUUCACGGGGGCCUGCAUCACACAGGACUCUCCUCUCAAGGCGGUGCAGAUGCUGUGGGUAAAUCUGAUCAUGGACACCUUCGCCUCCCUAGCCCUGGCAACCGAGCCCCCUACUGAAGCCCUGCUCCUGAGGAAGCCCUACGGUCGCAACAACCCCCUCAUUUCCCUCACCAUGAUGAAGAACAUUCUGGGCCAUGGAGUCUAUCAGCUCAUCAUCAUCUUCACCCUGCUGUUCGCAGGGGAAAAGAUCUUCAACAUUGACAGUGGCCGCAAUGCCCCUCUGCACUCUCCCCCCUCUGAGCACUACACCAUUAUCUUCAACACCUUUGUGCUAAUGCAACUAUUCAACGAGAUCAAUGCCCGAAAAAUCCACGGAGAGAGGAAUGUUUUUGACGGCAUCUUUUCUAACCCCAUCUUCUGCAGUAUUGUUCUUGGAACUUUUGCAAUGCAGUUUGUUAUAGUGCAGUUCGGAGGGAAGCCUUUCAGCUGUGCACCGCUCAACUUGGAACAGUGGCUCUGGUGUCUGUUUGUGGGAUUGGGAGAGUUGCUGUGGGGACAGGUCAUCACUACAGUACCCACCAGUCACCUCAAGUGUUUGAAGGAGGCAGGUCACGGGUCAGACGAGGAUGAAGUCAUUGAUGAGGACAAUCCGGAGGAUGAAGAUGAGAUUGACCAUGCAGAGCGUGAACUGCGUCGAGGGCAGAUCUUGUGGUUCAGAGGGUUGAACCGCAUCCAGACUCAGAUGGAGGUAGUGAGUACCUUCAAGAGAAGUGGUUCCUUUCAGGGUGCUGCACGCCGCCGUUCGUCAGUUCUCAGCCAACUCCAUGACAUCCGAGUGGUGAAAGCAUUCCGUAGCUCCCUUUAUGACGGUAUUGAGAAACCGGAACCCAGGAACUCCAUCCAUGAUUUCAUGGUUCACCCGGAAUUUCUCAUCAAUGACGUGGUCCACAAUAUCCCCUUAAUUGACGAGACAGACAUUGAGGAAGACUCAGAGCGAUCCAACCGCAACCAUGUUGGCCUGGUUCUCCGUCAAGCUCCUCCUUCCACUCAGCCUCCCCAACCUCCACCCCGCUCUCAUCGCGCCCCUGCUAGACCCUACCGCCAGCAGAGCCUCCCUGUUGCCCUCAACUGCAACAACAACGCAGUCCAGAAUGGUGUCUCCCUGACCCCAGAAGAUGCCUCUCCUCGUCCCAUCAGCCCGUUGCACAGCUUAGAAACAUGUUUAUAACUACUAUGUUGAACAGGAUUUAAAAGGAGUAAAAUAAUACACCAUUGACUAUGAUUGACAUGGAUGUAGACCUACAUGGAUUGAAUGAGGAACAACUUGAUAUGGAAAGAUAAAGUAUUACCUGGAAAUGGCAUUGACAGGAUGAAAUAUUGCUUCAUGAGCCAACCCUUACCCCCCACUGCUUUUAGCCUGCACUCUCUGCUUCAGACCACACUGCUACCCUCUCCCAAACUCCACAGUCCAACAACACUAACCCUAUCAGACUCUGGAGACACUUUUAAAAUGUAUGUCUAUAGGCACGCAAUAGAGGAGUGAUUGGUGUUAUAUAGUCGAGAAUGAACUGGAAUCAAGUCUUGUCAUUUCAGUGACAAUGGGAAAUGUGAUGGGGUUAAUUCAUUCUGCUUUUUAACAAUGUAAUUGUUCCGAUUACUACUGUUGUUAUUACUACUGCAAUUACUACAUUUAUUACCACACUUAUAUAUUCCAGUUAACAAUGCUUCAUUAUUUAGCUUUAUCUAUCCAUGUAUGUAUGAUGUAUGUUUGUAUGUAUUGUUUGUCUGUUCGCUUAACUGCUGUAUUUGUCUCUUUGUUUUUCUGUUUUUAUAUACUCCUUCUGGUCAUGUCCCCUAUUUUCCUUUUCCGUGUUUACAUGUGUUGUGUCUUUAAAAAGAAAAAGAUAUAUAACUAUACAAAUGAAGUUGAUACGUAUGAUAACUUCAAACACAAAUGGUAAUGAAAUAGUACAUAUACUAUAAAAAAGUACAAAUGAAAAAGAACUGCUCAUGGUCUGGCUCUUCUUGUCAUGUAGAGAUGUCCUGAAUUCAAUCAUUGAAUUGGACACCUCCAUGACAAAGCAGAACACCUGAGAGUUUUUGAAAAAUUAAGUUGUGCAUAAAGAUUAAAGUAAUUUAUUUAAAUGAU